UUAUUACUUAUUUAUUCAUUAAGAGUUUUUACUUAAUUUUCAUUUCAAUACAUUUAUAAUUAACAGUAACAGUAGCUGGUAUAGAAUACUCAUAAAUAUAAAAUAGAGACUGGAUGUAAAAAUAUCCUAUUUCAAUGAUAUAACUAGAAAUUUUGUUUUAAUAUGUUUGUUGUAUAGAAAUCGUCAAUAAUGUAUCAAAGUGUACGUAUUGAAGAAAAAGUUAACUAGAUUCGUAAUAAAUAAUAUUCUCUUUAGUACGUAAAUCCUUUGGACUUCUUUAAGGUUAAAUCUGCACCAUGGACGACCCCAGCAAAUUCCAACAGAUGCAAGAUGAAAUGUCUAGGUUCGAAGCGGAAAUAUCCGGUGCAGAUAUACCAACAGUGGCGCUCCGGCCUGUCAUCGCUGCAGGCACGUUUGGAGCAGUACAGCGGCAGCUGGAAGGCACAGUGCCUCCACCUCCGCCUCCUCCAUCGCUAAUGCCACCAUUUGAUCCCAGCAUGCUCGGUGCAAGGAUGAUGUUUCCAACCGUUCCACCCCCACCACCACCGCCAUCAAUGAUGGUGCCCGCUUCGGUACAACGCCUAAGACCACCCGGUGCUCCAGAUAACUUCCCAACACCAAUGCCAUUUCUCCGGCCUGGGGUCCCUGGGCCGCAGCUGAUACCUCCGCCGCCGCCCAAGCCACAGCCCGCCGUGCUGUCUGCUGCACCUAAACUGUACAAACAACCAAAGGAUGAUGAAGAAAAAAAAGAGAAACAUGAAAGUAGAAAGAGAAAGCGAGAGCCUCCGCCACCGCCUCUGAAGCCCGAGCCGGUAGUAGUGCCCGAGCCGCCGCCGCAACCUCAGCCUCUGCCCGUUACCGUUACAGAAGCUGUGGCACCCAAGGUUAAGAAAGAGAAGAAGAGUAGAAAGGUGGUGCGCACGGCGGGCGGGCAGGUGUGGGAGGACGUGACGCUGCUCGACUGGCCUGACGAUGACUUCCGUAUGUUCUGCGGCGACCUCGGCAACGACGUCACCGACGAGCUGCUGACGCGUACAUUUAGCAAAUACAGUUCAUUCCAACGCGCCAAGGUUAUAAGAGACAAACGGACGAACAAAAGCAAGGGUUUCGGUUUUGUCAGCUUCAAGGAUCCUGGCGACUUUAUUAAAGCAAUGAAGGAAAUGGAUGGCCGGUAUGUAGGCAGUAGACCGAUAAAACUAAGGAAGAGCACGUGGAAGAAUCGCUCUCUGGACAUAGUGAGGAAGAAGGAGAAAGAAAAGGCGGCUCUGCUCUCGCUUCUAAUGUCGGCGAACAAGAGUUGACACCAAAAUAACUAAACGUGUAGGCUGACAUUGUACAUUAGUAGUUAUAUAUAUUUUUUUCUUUUCCUAAGUAAAAAGCCUUACCAUUUUUUAGGAAUUAGUCUUUCAAAUCCUUCAAGAUAUAAAUUAGUUGUUUGCCCCGAUUUCGAACAGGUGUACUAAUUUUCAGCUUUUCGACGUUUUUUUUUUUUAAAGAUUUUCUUUUAUGCAAAACGUGUCUUGAUAAUUACAAAUACAACACAACAAAAAAAAAAAAAGAAUUA